GAGGAAGCCGGCGUUCUGCGCGUGCGCGAGUCCGAGAGGCCGCCGGCCGCGCAUGCGCCCUUGGCUGGCGGGAGUUUCGCGAGAGGCGGCAGUGGCGCGGGAGGCGAAUGGCGCUGCCGGUUCAUACCGGGAAGCAGCAGCCACCUUCGCGCCGGGCGCCCAGGGGUAACCCCGGGCCGUGGAGAAAGUGACCUGCGGCUUUGUGUUUCGAGGACGAAGGCUCCGGGCCGGACGGGCGUCGCCCUGAGGUCAGGAAGUCGCAGACUUGUCCCUGGACUCGGCCUCGCUCACCCCCGCGCCAGUCUUUUUGGAGUCGGAGCCCUCGGCCCCGCCCAGACCCGACCAGUCUCCACUCCCCGACAGCGGAGACUAGGGGGUCUCCGGGGCGCUGCAGCCUCCUCCUGGGUUCUCCACCCAGGAUGACUUCAGUGACUAGAUUGGAGAUUGUAGAAGUGCUAGAAGAAGAACCAGUGACAUCCAAGACUUAUGAUCAUCAAUUGGAAUCAGAUCCCAUCCCUGCAGAAGCGUGUAAUAAAUCGUCUGCCUCCCUGGAGAUGACUGAAGGCGUUUCAAAGGAACGAAUUCACCUGGGCGCUAGCCCCCGAAAAAGGGAAAAUUGUGAUCUCAGCCACCGGGAAGGACUUCAAUCCAGGUCCCUUCAUUUGUCCCCCCAAGAACAGUCUGCCCGUUGUCAAGACAGGAGGCAAUCCUGGCGGCGAGCAAGUAUGAAAGAAACGAACCGGCGGAAGUCACUGCCUCCCUUUCAUCAGGGCAUCACAGAGCUCUGCAGAUCCAUCAGUGUCAACAUGGCAGAAAGUAAACGGCUGGGCUCUCUCCUGCUUUCCAGUUUCCAGUUCUCUGUUCAGAAACUUGAACCUUUCCUAAGGGGCACUGAGGGCUUCAAUCUUGAAAGUUACAAAGCCAAAGCAUCUUCUCUUUCGGAAGAAUUGAAACAUUUUGCAGACAGUCUGGAAGGUAAUGGAGCUCUACAAAAAUGUUUUGAAGAUCCAGAGGGAAGAGCAUCAGAUUUGUCUCUGGAAACAUCAGUGGCUGAGAUGAAGGAAUACAUAACAAAAUUUUCUUUAGAACGUCAGAGUUGGGACCAGCUGUUGCUGCGCUACCAGGAGGAGGCUGAUGAGAUCAUAUCCAGAGGGUCAACUGAAACCAAAAAUACUGAAGUUGAAGUGGGACCUACAACAUAUCUUAGGUCUUCCCAGAGUGAAGUCCUUAAUACAAAGCCUGACUACCAAACAAUAUUACAGAACCAGAACAAAGUCUUUGAUUGUAUGGAGUUGGUGAUGGAUGAACUGCAAGGAUCCGUGAAGCAGCUGCACACCUUUAUGGACGAAAGUACCCAGUGCCUCCAGAAGGUGUCAGUACAGCUCGGGAAGAGAAGCACGCAACAAUUAGAUCCUUCACCAGCUCGAAAACUGCUCAAGCUUCAGCUGCAAAAACAACCUACCACACAUUGCUCUAAAUCUUGUCAGUGACCUUAUGCAGCUUUUCUGCCACAAGGUGCUGCUGUAGGUGAAAGAAAUGGGAAGAGUGCCCCAGUGCACGGCAGCUGCACGGCAGUCUGAGCUGUGAUGUCUGCCCCGUUGCCUUUGAAGAUAACUGGCUGACUGUAUAGCACUUCAGUUUUUCUCUAAAAGUGAUGGAAUUUAUGCAUCUGAAAGGAUGUUGUAUAGACACUUUUUCCAAGAAUGUUCAAAAUGCUUGGCACUUCUGUUUUGGAAUGACCUUCAGAACUAGUGGCCCAUUCUUUUGAAUAUCCUUUGUGGUCAGGAACCUUUCUCUUGUGAAGAUGUUUUGCAGGUUUUGAAACAACCCAAAGUCAUUCAGGACCAAAUCCAUGAAACAUUUUAGGGGUCAUUCUGGUAGUAAAGGAAUGAGACUGAUCUUUUAGUGUGGCUUUGAAGGUGAUUUUAGGUAGAGGAGAGGUGAGCAUUGUUUGCAUUGUGUUGACACAUGUAUCACUUCACAAGAUGUCCAAAUUGAAGGAAAUACUACUCAUUUUCUAUAUCCUGCUAUCUAUAGUGUGCUUUAGCUUUUGAUAGUUGACAUCCUAAGUUUUGGAUUAUUGGUAAGAAGGGGUUAAGAACCUCUUUUCAUUAUUUUCUGUAUUUGCUAAUAAUCUGCAUUAUAAGAUUGCACAUACUAAAAAGCUUUCCCUUGUCCUUAUGUUUAUUUUGAGUGUAUAAAAAAAUUAAAAGACAGGGAAAGCUUAGCGGAAAAUAGGAUUCUUUGCCAGGAUGCAGAAGUGAACAGUAGUGGAGAAACACCUCAGCAUUAACUACAAAUAAAACACCAACUACUUUGUUGUUAGUGUCUCUUAUUCUCUGAUCCUCCUAUUAGGAGAAAACCCACUUCCUUUAAAUACCUGGCCAUAAUCCUAAGUCUUAAGCCUUGGCCUAAGUACCAGUUAGUGAGAGGUGGUAUCUCCUUGCUUUGACUUACGUUCCUCAUUCUCUCAUAUUUACAGAGCCCCUGCUAUAUGCCACGCACAGUUCCAGGAACUGGGGAGAGAGCAAAGAACAAAAACAGACAUGGGACCUCCUUUCAUGAUGCUCACAGUCUAGUGGGGACACAGGGAACGAGACCACUUCUCUGCAGAAGUGAUGUUUUACUUGAUUUGGGGAGAAUAAAGGAAUUAAAUAGGGCAGUUAUUUGAGGUAAAAGGAGCAUCAUUUUGAAAGGCCUGAGGGGAGAAUGAAAUAUUCUGGGAUACUAAAAAAAAAAAAAAAAAAAAAGAAGUAAAGCAGAAA